UCCUUCAUCCUCCUCUUUCUCUUUUUCACUCUUUCUAUCUUACUUCUUCUUCAGCCGUACACACUUUGCCUUUCCCUCCUGUCCUUCUUCUCGCAUGCAUCUGUACUUUACAAUAAGCAUUAUUCCUAUUCCUGUUCUCACCUUUUCCGCCUUCAACAGCCAAAACACUCUUGCAGCAGCGUAACGCAAAUCGCUCUUUCCUUUCCCUUUUCAACCCCUCUCUGUAGACCAUGCUCCUUCUACGACCAUCCCUCUCAGCACAGCUGGUCCAUGCGACUACUGCCGCACCCAGAACGGCAUCCUCAAAUCCUCCAACAGUCAUGGCCGCCAUCGUUAUGUUUUCACAGCGGCUGCACACAACUUCGUUCCUCCUAAGAGGCGGCCGCAACCUCUUCCGAUCGCCCGUCGUUAGUUCCCAAGCCCGUCUUCUAGGUGCCGCCUCCAAACCCGCAUCCCGCCAGACUCUUUUUGCGAGCCACAGCUCACCUCUUUCGGCCUCGGCCUCGGCCUCGAUUCAACAGCACUCUCAAGCAGACGACGAGGCAUCUUUGCAUGAUGAUGUGCCAACAUCGCAUAGGAGACUAGCCAGUUGGGUUCGGGCACAGCAGGCGUUGCUGGAGCCGGACCAUGUGCAUUGGUGUGAUGGGUCAGAGGAAGAAUAUGAGAGUCUUAUCAAGGGGAUGGUGAAGAGCGGAGUGAUGAUUCCGCUGGAUAGUAAGCUGCGACCGGGGUCUUACCUUACGCGCACGGAUCCCGCGGACGUGGCUCGGUCGGAGAGCUCAACUUUUAUUUGCAGCCGCCACCAAAUUGAUGCAGGCCCAACAAAUAACUGGGUCGAACCGGGCAAGAUGAGAGAAGAGCUCGAGAAAUCAUUCCACGGGUCUAUGAGAGGGCGAACGAUGUAUGUGAUCCCUUUCAGCAUGGGGCCUAUCGGAUCGCCUCUUGCUCGGAUCGGCGUACAGUUGACGGAUUCUCCGUUUGUGGUGGUCAACAUGAAGUUAAUGACGCGAAUCGGACAGCCAGUCCUGGAUAUGCUCGGACACGACAGGGAGUUUGUGCCAUGUGUACAUUCUGUGGGCAAGCCGCUGGGACCCGGGGAAAAGGAUGUGAUAUGGCCCUGUAAUAUAGCUCAGCGGAAGGUCGUUCAUUUCCCAGAAUCGCGAGAAAUCUGGAGUUUCGGCAGCGGAUAUGGAGGAAAUUCGCUGUUGGGAAAGAAAUGCUUGGCGCUGAGGAUCGCCUCGGUCAUGGCACGCGACGAAGGUUCUUUAGCGGAGCAUAUGCUCAUCUUGGGGCUCACGAGCCCUGCUGGAAAGAAAUACUACGUCGUAGCAGCUUUUCCAAGUGCUUGUGGCAAGACCAACUUGGCAAUGCUGCAACCAACAUUACCUGGAUGGAAGGUUCAAGUUGUCGGCGACGACAUUAGCUGGAUGAAAAUCAAUUCGAAGGACUCACGACUGUAUGCUAUCAACCCCGAAGCUGGUUUCUUUGGAGUUGCUCCUGGCACAUCUGCGAAAACAAAUCCCAACGCAAUGGAGACAAUUCGCAAGAAUACCAUCUUCACAAAUGUCGCGCUCACCGACAAGGGAGAUGUCUGGUGGGAGGGCAUGACUAAGUCACGACCAGACGGUAAGGUCGUGAACUGGAGGGGCGAGGUUUGGGAGCCUUCCAUGGGGGAUAAAGGUACACCCAUGGCACAUCCAAAUUCGAGGUUCACAGUGGCAGUAGAUCAAUGUUCCGCCAAAGAUCCUGCCUGGGAUGAUCCUAAUGGCGUGCCUAUCUCUGCGAUCAUCUUUGGUGGACGACGGGAGACGACUGUGCCACUUGUAUUUCAGACAAAGGAUUGGAGCCAUGGAGUCUUGGUUGGCGCAACGGUCGCGAGUGAGAAGACCGCUGCGGCUGAGGGAAGCGACCUUGGACAAUUGCGAUUUGACCCGUUUGCAAUGCUGCCAUUUAUUGGAUACAACAUGGGCGACUAUUUCAGCCACUGGCUAUCGAUGCCUAGCCGUGUGAAGGACCCAUCUCGACUGCCAAAAGUUUUUCAUGUGAACUGGUUCCGGAAGGACGCCGAUGGGUCGUACAUGUGGCCAGGCUUUGGGGAGAACUCUAGAGUGCUAAAAUGGAUCGUCGACCGGUUGGAGCGCCCAGAGGACGAGGCGCUAUACAGAUCCACGCCCAUUGGGUAUGUACCAAAGCCCGAGUCUCUUGACCUCCAAGGGAUCGAAAAGCAGGUCGAGGGCGGCGUAAUGGAAAAGCUGUUGGAGGUUGACGCGAAGACGUACUUGUCGGAGAUUGGCAAGGCACGCGAAUACUUUAGGCGCUUUGGGGAUCGUUUUCCAGCCAGGCUGACCAAAGAGCUGGACGACCUCGAGAGCCGCUUGAAGAAGAACCAGGGUGUCUGACAGGCGCCUAUUACGUAGUCGCUGUGCAAUGCCGACCUUCAGUUUAUGCUGUAGUUUGAUUCAAUUCCCUCAGUGUGUGUGUUCCACUGGUAAACAGGAAGAGUAAACAACAGCGCCAUUUUUUUAUAUCAAUGGGUCGGUUGGUCGGUUGGUCGAAGAGAUGGACGCAUUUCACCGAAGAUGCCGAUGCAUGGUUACACAAAACCGUUUCCAAUUUCUGCGUACGGUUCAUGUACGUGAGAUGACCGCGCACCGGAGAGAGACUGAGACCCCGCAUUCCAUGGCUUACCUGGCUUACCUGGCUUACCUGGCUUACCUGGCUUA